AUGAUAAUUACAUUUAUCUUGUUGAUUAUAUGUAUUCAAGCAAAACUAAAACUAAAGACUCAUUCAAUUUCUAAUCAUUAAAUCAAAUUAAAAAGACAUACAACAAUUAAUUCAGUUCCAUUAGAUGAUUAAGGAAACAUAAUUUAUUAUAUUAAUGUUAGCUUUGGAACUCCAUCAUAAAUAUUUUCUAUUGUUGUAGACACAGGAUCAGUGGUAUUAAUAUAUGAAAGCACUCUUAGACCACUUGGAUAUCAAAUCAAACAUGUGAAGGAUGUAUAUUUCCAAGAUUUGAUCCCAAUAUAUCUAUUACUUUAUAAUAAGCUAAUGAAGAUCAUUCAAUUAAUUACAAUAUUGGUUCAUUGAGUGGAAAAUUUGUUUAAGAUUAUGUUGGACUUCCUAAUGGAAAUUUAAAUGUAUCCAUGAAAUUUAUGUUGGCAAAUGUAUUUACUAUGCCAGGAGUAAGGCAUUUAUAUUUAUUAGAUAAAAUUCUAAGGUCUCUUAGGAUUAUCUAGUUAUAAUGACAGAUAAAAUAUUUUUGAAUAUGGUUAUUAAUAAAAGUAAUUGGAAACUUCACUUUUUGGAUUAGAUUUAAAUCAGAAUCCAGAAGAGUCGUUCUUAUUUUAUAAUAAUUUCAGUGAUGAUUAUUUAGAUUAAGUCAUUUGGAUGCCAAAUGUGUUAAAUCAUUAAUGGGUAUAUUUAUGAAACCAUAAAGGUAGAGUAUGAAAGUCUAUGGGUUUUUUGUUAAUGAGAUUGAUUUGACAGACAAGAUUACCUUAUAAAAUGGAACUGUAGCAUUAAUGGAUUCAGGUUCCUCUUGUUUAUGGCUUGAUGAAGAAAUUAUUAAUUAUAUGUUGCAUAGAUACAUUUUAGCUAACUGCAUUAAUAAUUAUGCUUGUCCCUGCAAUUCACCUUUGUAUCCAAAUUUAAAUAUCUAUUUGGCAGGAGUCAAAAUAGAGAUCACAUCUGAGCAUUAUAUGAUUCCAUCAAAUAAUGGGUAUUGUAAACCUUGCUUAUAAAAAGCAGGUUCAACAACACAUGAUUAUACUAUUUUGGGUGAUCCUGCUAUGUAAACUAUUAUUAGCAUUUUUGAUAAAGAAAACUAAUAAUUUGGAGUUUAUUAAGGAAAUAAACUGCAUAAUUUAUUAAUAUUUUAAAUUAUUUAGAUAUCUAUGAUAACAAUAUAAUUAAUUGCUUUAUGUUUAUUUUGUUACAAGUAUUAUUAAUACAAAUGA